ACACGUCUGAAGGCGUGCGCUGCGCCUAGCUCGCUCACUGUACGUGACGUCAAACCAGCAUGGCGGUCAAGGUGCAAUCUACCAAACGUGGGGACCCAAGUGAGCUGAAAGCAAUCUUCCAGAAGUAUUCUAGUGUUGUGGACAAGGAUGGAGAAAGGUUUAUGACCCCAGGAGACUUUGUCCAGAGGUAUCUAGGACUACACACACAGAUCCACCACAACCCUAAAACCGUACAGCUCAUUGCUGCUGUGGCCGACACCACAAAGGACGGGCUGAUCUCAUUCCAGGAAUUUCUUGCGUUUGAGUCCGUGUUGUGUGCACCUGACGCACUCUUCAUUGUAGCUUUCCAGCUCUUUGACAAGACUGGAACUGGGACCAUUUCCUUUGAAAAUGUGCGGGACAUCUUCAGCCAGACCACAGUGCACCAUCACAUCCCCUUCAACUGGGACUGUGAGUUCAUCCGUCUGCACUUUGGUCAUGACAACAAGAAAUGCCUCAACUACCUCGAGUUUACCCAGUUCCUGCAGGAGCUGCAGUUGGAGCAUGCACGCCAGGCAUUUGCCCAGAAGGACAAAGGGAAGAAUGGUGUCAUCUCUGCCAUGGACUUCAGUGACAUUAUGGCCACCAUUAGACACCACAUGCUCACUCCAUUUGUGGAGGAGAACCUUGUCUCUGCUGCUGGUGGCAGUACCUCUCACAUGGUCAGCUUCUCCUACUUUAACGCCUUCAACUCCCUGCUGAACAACAUGGAGCUGAUACGCAAGAUCUACAGCACGCUGGCCGGCACGCGAAAGGACACACUUGUGACAAAAGAGGAGUUUGUUCAUGCUGCUAACAAGUUUGGUCAGAUCACUCCCAUGGAAAUCGACAUCCUGUACCAGUUAUCAGGACUGCACUCUCCUUCCGGGCGCCUGAACCUAAUUGACAUUGAGAGGAUAGCUCCGUUGGAGGAAGGAUGCCUGCCCUACCACCUGGUGGAAUCCCAGAAACCGGCCCAUGGGGACGCCUCCAGGCCUGUGUGGCUGCAGGUUGCAGAGUCAGCCUAUAGAUUCACUCUGGGCUCCAUUGCUGGAGCUACGGGAGCAACUGCAGUGUACCCCAUCGACUUGGUGAAGACCCGCAUGCAGAACCAGAGGUCUACAGGAUCCUUUGUAGGAGAGCUGAUGUACAAGAACAGCUUUGACUGUGCUAAGAAGGUGCUCCGCUAUGAGGGCUUUUUCGGCUUCUACAGAGGUCUGGUCCCUCAGCUUAUAGGAGUGGCACCUGAGAAGGCCAUCAAACUGACAGUGAACGACUUUGUCAGAGACAAGUUCACGACAAAAGACGACACAAUUCCCCUAUUUGCUGAGAUUCUGGCUGGUGGCUGUGCUGGAGGCUCUCAGGUGAUUUUUACCAACCCUUUGGAGAUUGUGAAGAUUCGCCUGCAGGUGGCAGGUGAGAUCACGACUGGACCUCGAGUGAGUGCACUCAGCGUGGUCCGCGACCUUGGCUUCUUUGGCCUCUACAAGGGAGCUAAAGCAUGUUUCCUGAGAGACAUCCCCUUCUCAGCCAUCUAUUUCCCUGCUUAUGCACAUCUCAAGUCUAGCAUGGCUGAUGAGCAAGGAAGGCUGGGAGCUCUGCAGCUUCUCACUGCUGGAGCAAUUGCAGGUAUCCCUGCGGCCUCACUCGUGACCCCUGCUGAUGUCAUCAAGACACGUUUGCAGGUGGCAGCAAGGGCAGGACAGACUACCUACUCAGGAGUCAUCGAUUGCUUCAGAAAGAUUAUGAGAGAGGAGGGUUUUAGAGCUCUGUGGAAGGGAGCUGGAGCUCGUAUGUGCCGGUCCUCUCCUCAGUUUGGUGUGACUCUGGUGACGUAUGAGCUCUUACAGCGGUGGUUCUACAUUGACUUUGGAGGACACCGUCCAGCAGGAUCCGAGCCCACGCCCAAGUCCCGCAUCUCAGAGCUUCCUCCCAUUAACGCCGACCAUGUUGGAGGCUACCGCCUGGCCGCUGCUACCUUUGCCGGUGUUGAGAACAAGUUUGGCCUCCACCUUCCCAAAUUCAAGUCCUCCGGCGUGGUUUCCAUCCAUCAUCCAGAGCCAGCUUCUGCCACGCCAGCUCAGGCCCCUUAGAGAGCUGAGUCUCUUUAUCACCAUGCCAUCCCUUCUCUCCUUUAACCAGGAGCCAGACACUUAGAUAGAUACAAAAACACGCACAAUAAAAUACACUCCACACAUAGAGGGCCAUUAAGUUAGGAACAAACAGCCACAGCUCAUAACUCUCCAGGGUGAAGGUGUGCUGCACUCGUCCUAAACCAGCUGUGGAUGUAAGUGAGUGAACAGUGACGGGACCAGACUGUUGUAUCUUCAGUGGCUGAACGCUCCUGGCAACUACAUUUUUUGUUUUUCUCCAGCAUUUGUAUGAAGCCGAGUCUCAGCACUCCUCUCUCUAUUUCAUAAGUAGCACAUAUGAUUUUUUUUCUGUCUGAUACUCAGUGUGAGUAGGACUUCUCUCAUGGGACGAAGGGCAUAGAUUAUAUUAGAUUGGUCAGCACGGUGUGUGUGUGUGGGGCAACAUUAUUGCUUGAUCCUCAGACAGGAGGUUAUAUACUGUACAUAUUGUAUAACUGUACUGAGAGUACAUUAACAGGAAGCAGUGAAGCAAAUGUUACAAGACAAACUGUCAUAACAUGCAGUAACUGUAAUGUUAUGGCGCCGGGCCUUCGGUCCUUGGGUUUGAGAAUCACUCUUACUGAUGUACAGAACUUUUCAAUUCAGUGUUUUCUUGGUGAAACAAGAAUCAGAAACCGAGAAUUAGGUUAAUAAAUU